AGUUUUUUUUUUUAAUUCGCAAAAAUUGAACUUACUUUUUUUGUGUUCCCAACAGAUCCGGUUGAUGUGGAAGAGGAGAACUCUGACUGUGGAGGAAGCAGCGGUUUGUCCUCUUCCAAAAAACCAUUGUACCGGGAAUGUCUAGACGAACAGGUGGAUGCAGAACAUAACCGCUCUUUUGGCACUUACUGCAGUGUCUUCACAAGCAAGAUCAGCAUGUUCGAAGGGACACAGACGGGGGAAGCGUCUAGGAAGGAGCGUCGCUCGACUGCUUGUGAAAGGGUUCACACAGAUGAAAGGCCUUUUAAAUGUCUUGAGUGCCCUAAGGCGUUUCGGACUAAGCCUUCCUUGAGGGUUCACGAGAAAUCUCAUUGUGAUGAAAGGCCAUUUAAAUGCCCCUACUGUCCUAAAGCAUUUCAAACGAAGCCAUGGUUGACUGAGCACAAGAUAUCUCACAGUGAUAAAAGGCCAUUUAAAUGCCCCAGCUGCCCUAAAGCAUUUAAAAUAAAGUCAAGCUUGACUAUGCACAAACGAUUUCACAGUGAUGAAAGGCCAUUUAAAUGCCCCAGCUGCUCUAAGGCAUUUAAAAUCAAGUCGCACUUGACAACUCAUUUGGUAUCUCACAGUGAUGAGAGGCCCUUUAAAUGCGCCACUUGCCCCAAAGCCUUCCGGACAAGGCCAGACUUGAGGGUUCAUGAGAGCUCUCAUAGUGAUGAUGGGCCAUUUAAAUGCCCCUACUGUCCUAAAGGAUUUCAAAUAAAGUCCAGAUUGAUAGGCCACAAGCUGUCUCACAGUAAUAAAAGGCCAUUUAAAUGCCCCAGCUGCCCUAAAGCAUUUCAAACAAAGUCAAGCUUGACUGUGCACAUGAUAUCUCACGGUGAUAAAAGGCCAUAUAAAUGCCCCAGUUGCCCUAAAGCAUUUAAAAUUAAGUCGUCCUUGACGACUCACAAGGUAUCUCACAGCGAUGAAAGGCCGUUUAAAUGCCCCAGCUGCCCUAAAGCAUUUCAGAGAAAGUCAUGUUUGAUGGAGCACAAGAUAUCUCACAGCGAUGGUAGGCCGUUUAAGUGCCCUAGCUGCCCUAAAGCAUUUAAAAGAAAGUCACACUUAACGACUCACAAAAUAUCUCACAGUGAUGAAAGGCCCUUUAAAUGCCCCACGUGCCCUAAAUCAUUUCGGACAAAGCCUCACUUGAGGGUUCACGAGAGCUGUCACAGUGAUGAAAGGCCGUUUAAAUGUCCUCACUGUCCUAAAGCAUUUCAAAUGAUGUCUCGCUUGACGGAGCACAAGAUCUCUCACAGUGAUAAAAGGCCGUUUAAAUGCCCCAGCUGCCCUAAAGCAUUUCAAACAAAGUCAAGCUUGACUGUGCACAAGAUAUCUCACAGUGACAGAAGACCAUUUAAAUGCCCCAGCUGCCCUAAAGCAUUUAAAAUGAAGUCAUCCUUGACGACUCACACAAUAUCUCACAGUGAUGAAAGGCCGUUUAAAUGCCCUAGCUGCCCUAAAGCAUUUAAAAUAAAGUCACGCUUGAUGGCUCACGAGAUAUCUCACAGUGAUGAAAGGCCAUUUAAAUGCCCCAGCUGCCCUAAAGCAUUUAAAAUCAAGUCACGCUUGACAACUCACAAGUUAUAUCACAGUGGUGAAAGGCCGUUUAAGUGCCUCUCCUGCCAAAAUUCGUACUGUUGCAACUUUUCCUUGAUUGUUGACGAGAGAUUUCACUACAGAGGUGGAGGGACUUUCAGAUGUGAAACCUGCGACAGAGCAUUUGCAGAGAAGCGGCAGUUAACCUAACAUUAGCUAAUUCAUGCAGGCCCAGAGCUUUUCGCGUGUUCCACCUCUUCGAAAGAGUUCCCUUUUCGGUCUAAGUUGAACAUUGGCAAACUUGUUCGCGUGCCUGUGGCUUAUAAACGCCCCACCCCCUGCUCGAAAUCAUUCCGUAUGAAGUUUUACUUGGAACGUUCAUGAAAAGCUUCACAAAAAUUAAACAACUUGUCUAAAUUAUAUUUGUCAAAAGUCUAGCUUGUAGUCACAAAACAAUUAAUGAAUGCAAGGAACCAGCAGAUGUGACACCUGUAACAAAGUGUUUGAACAGGAAAAUCUAAAUUCGACACCUACCCAAAAGAGUUCAGAGUAAAAUCGAGCUUGAGUCUUCACAAAUGCAAGAUGCCAUACAAAUGCGAAACCCUUGACGCAGUGUUUGUACAGAAAUAUAAAUAUGUAGGUUGUCAACAGAGUGACUUGGUCAGAAAUCAAUUUGUAUGCCAAACCUCCUCAGAAGCACUGUGCAGGGAGUCGCAUUUGAGUGCUCAUGAAAAGAUUCACCGGGAUGAUCUGGCCACCAGACUUGGACCUCAUGCUAUCGCAGUCACUGAACAAGAGCACCUAAAUGCUCACCAGGCUGUUCACAAGAAAGUCUAUCCAAAUGUCCCAUCCAGCCAAAAGUGUUUAAAAUGAACUUACCUCUUCAUUUCAAGCUUUCUUUUCAGUUGAAGCUUUGCUUGAACAAUCUACAAAUGUAGCACUUGUACCGUGGCAUUCAACAAUGAGCAACACUUGAAUGCGGUUCACACAGGAUGAAUGACCUUGAGUGUGUCACCUGCUGAUGAGUUUCACAGAAUGUCUUCCUAGCAUUCUUGUAAAUGUUGUCACAAGCAGAACACUUGACUAUUGUGAGUUUUAGGCUAUGUGUUUGAUACCUGUGAACUAGGAUUCAGAUGAAGUAGGAGCUUAGAAGGGCAUGUCUUGUGUAUAAAUGCUAUAAAAACACAUGCCCACUCUCGAGGUGCGCGAGAGGCUAAAGCCCUGUCGAAAGUAAGCUCAUGCUGCCGGCGGGACAACUGAAGCUGCUGCGUGCUAUUCUCACCUUUCUAGUGACUAUUGUGUGUUUUUGUUAAAAACAAUAAGGUUUAGUAGUACUUUAUGAUUAAGCAUUAGUAUUUACAAGAACUGACCUAUCAUCUUGCUAUUUUUGUAUAUAAACAAAAGAGGAUGGCUGUACAUUCCUCUCACAUGGCUACUUAUUGAUAAAAAGAAAUGUCUGUCAGAGAUGAGGUGUUUGUUCUGACAUGAUUUUGAGUGAAGAGUUGUUAGAUCUUAAUAUAGAAAGGAAGAACUGGAACAUUCUUCAGAUAACAUUCACAUACUAUCAUGCUAUACUUUGGUUUACCACACUAUUUUAUUUGCAGCACCUUUCUGUAUCAAAGAGGCUGCAUUUUGGUUUUAAAGUAAGGAACCCUGCUUUUUUAAUUAUAUCCGACGCGAGCCAAGGCAUUACAUUUAAGGCCGCACCUGCUGUGGAACCAUUCUGAGACAACUUGACUGUGUUCAAGUGCUCCCAUUAUAUCACUCCUAAAACUUGGAACUCCCUAGGUAUCCAGAUUAGAGACUAGGCUAAGAGUUUUGUAUUUCUUUUUUUGAACAGCAUGUAUUAGCAGUUGUGACCUGUUUGGCGCUUCAUAGUUUACUUGGAAUCCUUGAAUACUUUAAAACAAGCUGGGGAAGUUAUGAUUUUUAGAAUCUAGACUUUGUUAUGUUGUAUGUUUGUGUUAAUUGAAUAAAUAAAUGCUCUUUCCUUUGUUUCUUC